AUGGAUCGCGGAGAUCAUGGAGCGGCCGGCAGAUCUAAUGAGGAGCAGGAGGACGUGGGGGAGAUGGGAUCGGCCGGCAGAUCUAAUGAGGAGCAGGAGGACGUGGGGGAGAUGGGAUCGGCCGGCAGAUCUAAUGAGGAGCAGGAGGACGUGGGGGAGAUGGGAUCGGCCGGCAGAUCUAAUGAGGAGCAGGAGGACGUGGGGGAGAUGGGAUCGGCCGGCAGAUCUAAUGAGGAGCAGGAGGACGUGGGGGAGAUGGGAUCGGCCGGCAGAUCUAAUGAGGAGCAGGAGGACGUGGGGGAGAUGAGGUCGGCCGGCAGAUCUAAUGAGGAGCAGGAGGACGUGGGGGAGAUGAGGUCGGCCGGCAGAUCUAAUGAGGAGCAGGAGGACGUGGGGGAGAUGAGGUCCACUCAUGGUCAGCAAGUUGCACAAGUGGCCUUCUCCGCCUCUUUAUUUGCCUCCGGACACGGGACUCUUGGACCAGAACCCACUCACACCCACCUGGUCUUCAGCUCUGUGACAACAAACAUCGGGAACGCCUAUGACGCAGACACAGGGUUCUUCACGGCGCCGCUGCGAGGGGCCUAUCACUUCGACUUCUUCAUCGCGGGAGGCGCCGAGGCCGGACACGGUUCUGGGGCGGUGCUGGUGAAGAACGGACAGUACGUGGUCAUGGCCCUCGAGCAUCAGACAGAGGGAUUUAGCAGCACGGCUAACGGAGCCACGCUGCUGCUCGAGGCCGGAGACACGGUGCAUCUGCUGCAGUGGGCGAACACGGUCGUCUACGACAACGAGCUCCACCACUCGUCCUUCAGCGGUCACCUGCUCUUCCCCAUGAACGGCCUGAUCCAAGCUGGGGCUGUUCCCCAUGAACGGCCUGAUCCAAGCUGGGGCUGUUCCCCAUGA